UCUCUCUCUCUCUCUCUCUGCCUCAUGUAAACUUGUAGUUGUUCUACAUGUAUUUAUGUAUUGCUGAUCUACACUGAUGAGAUCUAGACCUCAUACUUAUUACAGUGGGUGGAUUUGCUUGUAAAUACCUGGUUUGUGCAUCUUAUCAGUUCUGACAUGUAACUAAUAAUUAUUAUUCAGGAUGAUGUAUAAAUGUGACCUGACGUGGCAGAGUUCUGCAGAUGGAGUCACACAUUCAGCUCCAACACCAAAUAUAACAACCUUCAAAUCACAGGAGGAAACAUGGGUUAGGUUCAGCUUCAUGUGAACACAACACACACACACACACACACACACACACCCAGAGUCAUAAGAUUUCCAGUACCUGCAGAGAGGGGGAGGAGCCUCCAGUGAAAGUGUUCAGACUGGUUCUAACUUCAAGGAGCAGACGGAGGAGACGUGAAGUCUGAGGCUGACUGAAGAUGAGUGUUUAUGAGGAGGAAGAGGACAGAGCAGAGUCUCCAGGGUUCAGCUGUCUGUCUCUGAAGAGUGACUGGUCCAUGAGAGAACCUCUAUUCUUCAGUAAUGAACCUGGACCCUCACACACAGAAGGUCAGGACCACAGACUGAGAGCAGAGUCUCCAGGGUCCAGCUGUCUGUCUCUGAAUAGUGACCGGUCCAUGGAUCUUCCUCCAGACUUCAGUAAUGAACCUGGACCCUCACACACAGAGGAGAGGAAGAGGAGUCAUGUUCCUGAGGAGGAGCAGUCGUCCUGCUGUGCUUCAUCUCAAGACGUCCUGAAGGAUCCAGUCUCCACCAGCUGUGGACACUGGUUCUGCAGACAGUGCAUCACCUCAUACUGGGACCAGUCUGGUUCUUCAGGAGACUCCUCCUGUCCCCAGUGUGGACAAAGAUCCAGAACAGGAGCUGGAGAUCGUGGUCUGCAGGAGGUUUCAGAUGAACAUAAGCUCAGUGUGAGGAGGAGAUGUGAACAUGUGACUGAAGGAAGUGAUGAAACAGGAAGUAGAACCCUCCUCAACAGGAUCUACACUGAGCUCUACAUCACAGAGGGACAGAGUGAAGAGGUUAAUACUCAACAUGAGGUGAGGCAGCUUGAGACGGCUUCCAAGAAGAAGAUCCUCCACGACACUCCCAUCAAGGUCCACGACAUCUUCAAAGCCUCCACUGACCAGCAGAGCAGCAUCAGAGUCGUCCUGACCAACGGAGUCGCUGGCGUUGGAAAAACCUUCUCGGUGCAGAAGUUCACUCUGGACUGGGCAGAGGGUUUAGAGAACCAGGAUGUGGGUCUGCUGGCUGUGCUUUCGUUCAGGGAGCUGAACCUGGUGAAGGACCAGCACAGUCUUCUCACGCUGCUCCAUGUUUUCCAUCCAGAGUUACAGAAGCUCACGGCAGAGACGCUCGCUGUCUGUAAACCUUUGUUCAUCUUUGACGGCCUGGAUGAAAGCAGACCUUCUCUGGACUUCAACCACAGGGAGCUUGUGUCUGAGGUCACACAGAGGUCAUCAGUCAACGUGCUGCUGACAAACCUCAUCCGGGGGAAUCUGCUUCCCUCGGCUCUCGUCUGGAUAACCUCCAGACCUGCGGCGGCCAAUCAGAUCCCUCCUGCAUGUGUUGACAGGGUCACAGAAGUACGAGGCUUCACUGACGCCCAGAAGGAGGAGUACUUCAGGAGGAGAUUCAGUGAUGAAGAGCUGUGCAGCAGAAUCAUCUCACACAUCAAGACGUCCAGGAGCCUCCACAUCAUGUGUCAAAUCCCAGUCUUCUGCUGGAUCAGUGCUACAGUUCUGGAGCACAUGUUGACCACAGACCAGAGAGGAGAGCUGCCCAAGACCCUGACUGACCUGUACUCACACUUCCUGCUGGUUCAGACAAAGAGGAAGAACAACAAGUACGGUGAGGGACAUGAGAAGACUCCACAGCAGCUGACGGAGACUGACAGGAACGUUCUCUUGAAGCUGGGGAGGCUGGCACUUAAACAUCUGGAGGAAGGAAACAUCAUGUUCUACCAAGAGGACCUGGAGCGGUGUGGUCUUAAUGUCACAGAGGCCUCGGUGUACUCAGGAGUUUGUACUGAGAUCUUCAGAAGAGAGUGUGUGAUCUUCCAGAAAUCAGUCUACUGCUUUGUUCAUCUGAGCGUUCAGGAGUUUCUGGCUGCAGUCUACAUGUUCCACUGUUACACCAAGAGGAAGAGAAAAGAACUCAACAACUUCUUGGGAACAUAUGAGGACACAGACAGUUACUUCUCCCUGGAUGACCUCCUGAAGAGAACCAUGAAGAAAUCCCUCACCAGUACAAAUGGUCAUCUGGACCUGUUUGUUCGCUUCCUUCACGGCCUCAGUCUGGAGUCCAACCAGAGAGUCUCAGGAUGGCUGCUGGGUCAGACAGGGAACAAUCCAGAGAUCAUCCAGAGAGUCAUCAACAACCUGAAGGCGAUGAAGAGUGAUGACAUUUCUCCUGACAGAAGCAUCAACAUCUUCCACUGUCUGACUGAGAUGAACGACCACUCAGUUCAUCAGCAGAUGAAACAGUUCCUGACGUCAGAGAACAGAUCAGAGGAGAAACUCUCUGGGAUCCACUGCUCAGCUCUGGCCUACAUGCUGCAGAUAUCAGAGGAGGUUCUGGAUGAGUUGGACCUGAGGAAGUUCAACACAUCACAACAGGGUCGACUGAGACUGAUCCCAGCUGUGAGGAACUGCAGGAAGGCUCGACUCGGUCAUUGUGAACUCUCAGAGACUCACUGUGAAGUCGUGGCCUCAGCUCUGAAGUCAGACCCCUCACAUCUGAGAGAACUGGAUCUGAGUAUCAACAAGCUGCAGGAUUCAGAAGUGAAGCUGCUGUGUUCUGGACUGGAGAGUCCAAACUGUCGACUGGAGACUCUGAGGUUGUUGAACUGCAGACUGUCAGAGAUCAGCUGUUCUUCUCUGGCUUCAGCACUGAGGUCAAACCCCUAUCAUCUGAGAGAACUGGAUCUGAGAGGAAACGACCUGCAGGACUCAGGAGUGAAGGAGCUGUGUGGUUUUCUACAGAGUCCAACCUGUCGACUCGAGACUCUAAGGUUGAGGUACUGCAGACUAUCAGAGAUCAGCUGUUCUUCUCUGGCUUCAGCUCUGAGGUCAAACCCCUCUCAUCUGAGAGAACUGGAUCUGAGGUUCAACAACCUGCAGGACUCAGGAGUGAAGGAGCUGCUUGAUCUACAGCAGAGUCCAACCUGUCGACUGGAGACUCUGUGGUGGGAGGGGACCUGGUUGAGGACAGUGUGAAGAGGACAGUGUGUGUGGACGGAGGCUGAGCUGUGUCCUGAGGAUCCAGAGGCUGAAGCAGGAGCAGCUUGUGUGUAGUCUCCAAUCUACACAACCCCUAAUCUGCAUGUGUUUGUGAGGUGAAGCCGGAGCACCUGGAGAAAACACGGGGAGAACAUGCAGACUCCACACAGGAAGACCCCGUCUGAACCGGAUUCAAACCAGCAACCUUCCUGCCCUGAUUGUGUUUAUUCACAUGAAGAAUGUGUUUAUUGAAAUGACAACAGAAGCAGAAUAUAUAAACCCUCUAUAAAGAGUCACAUAGUGUGUUUAAGUUUGUCUUUAUUAUUGUCCACCUUUGUCCCUCAGUGUGUCUCCAUGUGUGUAGAACCACGUUCUGUGUAUAUGUUUGUUUAUGAUCUUAAAGUUCCUGGAUUCACGUCACAAAUUGAUUCAGUUCAACACAAAGUUAAACAUAUUGAAAUAAAUAUAUUGUAUAUAAAGAUGAUCAGUGACUGUAUAUAAAGACUGGGAGAAGAGUGAGGGGUUUUUAAUGGGUCAGUGGAGACCGGGGACUGAGCCUGGUCUUCCUGGACAUCUCUGGUCUGUACAGGUUCUAUGUUCAAUAGAGGAGGACGGUUCACUGGUCCUUCAUUUUAAAUUCUGUGUAGGUGUGUGACAAGUAGUUUUCUUUUGUAAAAUAUGAUUGAAGUGUUAUUUAGUACGUUUAUUUCAUGAAACGAUCUUAAUAAAAAGUUAACU